CUCGGUCCAGCGCUGUACAGUCUUCCGGCGCCGGUAUCUUUAGUGUCUGCAGUUUCUGGUCAUCCCCUGCACUGUUCGCAGUCUCUGGUCAUCCCCUGCACUGUCCGCAGUCUCUGGUCAUCCCCUGUACUGUCCGCAGUCUCUGGUCAUCCCCUGUACGGUCCGCAGUCUCUGGUCAUCUCCUGUACUGUCCGCAGUCUCUUGGUCAUCCCCUGUACUGUCCGCAGUCUCUGGUCAUCCCCUGUACUGUCUGCAGUCUCUGGUCAUCCCCUGUACUGUCCGCAGUCUUUGGUCAUCCCCUGUACUGUUCGCAGUCUCUGGUCAUCCCCUGUACUGUCCGCAGUCUCUUGGUCAUCCCCUGUACUGUCCGCAGUCUCUUGGUCAUCCCCUGUACUGUCCGCAGUCUCUUGGUCAUCCCCUGUACUGUCCGCAGUCUCUUGGUCAUCCCCUGUACUGUCCGCAGUCUCUUGGUCAUCCCCUGUACUGUCCGCAGUCUCUGAUCAUCCCUGUACUGUCCGCAGUCUCUGGUCACCCCCU